AUUGUCCUCCAGCCAUUCAGAGCGCGGGCUUUGUGUGAAUGAAGAUUGAGCUUCACACAGACUAAAAGUUCCUCCUGUGUCCAAUAUCUGAUAUUCGAAGAGGAGGAUUUGCAACAGAAAUCUCAAACCAAUCAUCAUGUCAAGAUCUGACAGAGUCGCUUGAUUUAUUAGGACCUGAAUAUCAUCAGCUUUUGAAUGUGGAAGGAGAAAUGUUUGCUUGUCCUGUCUGCUUAAAUGGCUUCAACAGCACUGGAAAAGCACUGAGACACACAUACCCGAGUGAGAGUGUUCCUGUGCUCUGACUGUGGAAAGAGCUUUAACCAGUAACACAGACUGAAAAAACCAUCACACCAUUCACAGUGGGGAGAGACUGUCUGUGGACAAGGCUUCAACUAAUCAUUGAAUCUGGAGAAACACAAGGACACCCGCACCAUGGAGAAACUGUGGAAAUGUGGGGACUGUGGGAAGGGAUUCCAGACCCCAUCUGUGCUGGAAACUCAUCAACACAGUCACACUGGGGAGAGGCUGUUCACCUGCUCUGAGUGUGGGAAGAGAUUCAGUGAUUCAUCCAACGUGCUGAUGCACCAGCGACUUUACACCGGAGAAAGGCCGUUCAGCUGCAGUGAAUGUGGGAAGGGAUUCAGCCAUUCGUCUAUUCUGCUGAGACACCAGAGAAUUCACACUGAGGAGAGGCUGUUCACCUGCUCUGAAUGUGGGCAGGAAUUCAGUCAGUUAUCCCACCUUCUGAGACACAGGCGAGUUCACACCGGGGAGAGGCCGUUCACCUGCUCUGAAUGUGGGAAGGGAUUCACUGAUUCAUCCCAACUGCUGACACACCGACGAGUUCACACUGGGGAGAGGCCCUUCACCUGCUCCGAAUGUGGGAAGGGAUUCACUGAUUCAUCCCAACUGCUGACACACCGACGAGUUCACACUGGGGAGAGGCCCUUCACCUGCUCCAAAUGUGGGAAGGGAUUCCCUGAUUCACCCGCACUGCAGAAGCACCGACGAGUAUACACCAGGGAGAGGCCCUUCACCUGCUCCGCGAGUGGAAAGCGAUUCAGUGAUUCAUCCCACCUUCUGACACACCAGCGAGUUCCCACCGGGGAGAGACCGUUCACCUGCUCUGAGUGUGGGAAGAGCUUCGCUCAGUUCCCAUCUACGCUGGAAAUUCAUCAACGCGUUCACACCGGGGAGAGGCCAUUCACAUGCUUUGAAUGUGGGCAGAGGUUCACUCAGUCAUUCAACCUGCUGAAACACCAGCGAGUUCACACUGGAGAGAGGCCGUUCACCUGCUCUGAGUGCGAGAAAGGAUUCAGUAAUCAUUCCAACCUGCGGAGGCACCAGCAAGUUCACACUGGGGAGAGGCCUUUCACCUGCUCUCUGUGUGGAAAAAGAUUCACUCAGUUAAACAACCUGCAGGAACACCAGCGAGUUCACACCGGGGAGAGGCCAUUCAUCUGCUCUCGGUGUGGAAAGGGAUUUAAUAAUUCUUCCAACCUGGUGACGCACAAGCGAGUUCACACUGGGGAGAGGCCAUACAUCUGCUCGCAGUGUGGGAAAGGAUUCAGUGAUGUAUCCACCCUGCGGAACCACCAGCGAGUUCACACCGGGGAGAGGCCAUUCACCUGCUCUGAGUGUGGGAAGGGAUUCACUCAGGAUUCAUCCAACCUGCUGAUGCACCAGCGAGUUCACACUGGGGAGAAACCGUACACCUGCUCUGAGUGCGGGAAGGCAUUCACUCUGUUAUCCCACUUGCAGACACACCAGCGAGUUCACACUGGGGAAAGAGCGUACACCUGCUCUGAAUGUGAGAAGGGAUUUACUAAUUCGUCCAAUCUGCAGAAACACAACCGAGUUCACACUGGGGAGAGGCCAUUCAGCUGUUCUGAGUGUGGCCAGGCAUUUAAUCAGUUAUCCCACCUGCUGACAUACCAGCCAGUUCACAAUGGUGAGAGGCCAUUCACUUACUCUGAGUGUGGAAAGGGAUUCGUUCAGUUAUCCAAGCUCCAGAUACACCAGCAAGUUCACACCGGGGAGAGGCCAUUCAGCUGCUCUGUGUGUGGAAAGGGAUUCACACAGUCAUCCACCCUGCUUUCUCACCGACGAGUUCACACCGGGGAGAAGCCUUUCACAUGCUCCACAUGUGGGAAGGGAUUCACUCAGUCAUCCAGCCUGCUGACACACCAGCGAGUUCACACUGGGGAGAAGCCUUUCAUGGGCUCCACAUGUGGGAAGGGAUUCAGAGAUACAUCCACCUUGCUGAUACACCAGAGACUUCACACCGGGGAAAAGCCUUUCACAUGCUCCACAUGUGGGAAGGGAUUCACUCAGUUAUCCAACCUAAUGACGCACCAGCGAGUUCACAAGUAA